AUGCUGUUAGCAACAGCACAUGCACAAGUCAUCACUUCAUCUACUAUUUACAACGCAAGACUGCUCGUCGACUCCGCAUCGGAGCUCAGCUUCGUUUCUGAAGAUCUCGUCGAACAGCUGGGACUUCAACGCACUCAAUCUUCAAUCUCCAUCACUGGCAUUGGUGGUAAGAAAUCAACACAACCUCGAGGUAUGGUAUCAUUACAUUUACAAUCUCUUUACAAUACCUCAUCAAUCUCAAUACAAGCUCAUGUGUUGCGAACUCUAACCACAAUUUUGCCGUCUUCUGAGGCACCCCAGCAAGACUGGCCACAUCUCAAUCGUCUCAAGUUGGCAGAUCCUGAGUUUUACAAGCCAAGAUCCAUCGACGUCAUCAUCGGUGCCGACAAUUAUGGACGAAUUAUAAAAUCAAAUGUAGUUAAAAGUUCGCCAUCAAUGCCAGUCGUUCAGCUCUCAAUAUUCGGAUGGCUCGUUACUGGAUCAGCAAGCACACGUCAAGCUCGUGUUUAUUCAUCAUUCAAUGCAUCGAUCUCGCAAGGCAGCGACGCUGCUUUGAGAGAAUUGCUGACGAAAUUCUGGAUUCAAGAGGAGCUUCCAACGGAAAACACAUCCCAACUCACACCGGAAGAACAAGAGUGUGAAGAUCACUUUCGUGCAACGCACAGCCGUGAUUCUACUGGGCGAUAUGUGGUGCGUAUUCCUCUCAAAUCAAAUACUAAAGUCUUGGGCACUUCUUACAGCACUGCUCGUUCCUGUUUGCGACGCACGCUUAACAAGCUCAGCAGGAAUCCUGAGUACCGUGAACAAUACCAACGGUUCAUGAAAGAAUACGAGGACCUCGGUCACAUGAAGAAGGCUUCUUCAAUCUCGCCCAACGACACGUCAAUCUACUAUCUCCCUCAUCACGGAGUUUUCAAGCGUGACAGCGAAACAACGAAGCUGCGGGUGGUCUUCAAUGGCUCAAGUCCAACAACAACUGGACUUUCUGUCAACGACAUCAUGCACAUUGGCGCAAAUCUCUUGCUCAACAUCACUGACGUUUUGCUGUGGAUUCGGCAUCAUAAAUGCAUCUUCGCGACGGACAUCACCAAGAUGUACCGUCAAGUACGAGUACACGAAGACGAUUGGAAUCUCCAAAGGAUACUCUGGAUUGAUGAGGAAUCAAAUGAAGUUCCAUACUCUCUCACAACGGUUACCUACGGUACCAAUGCUGCACCAUUCCUUGCUGUCAGAGCCCUGUUGCAACUUGCAGAGGACGAGGGUCAACGUUACCCACUGGCAGUACCAUCAAUCAAACACGCCAGGUACGUCGACGACAUAUUUGGUGGUGCAGACCAUCUCGACUUGUUAAUUGAAAUUGCUUCUCAACUAAAUGACUUGUGCAACGCGGGCGAUUUUCCUUUGGCAAAGUGGCACUCAAACGAAGCCACUUUGCUCAAGGCAAUUGUGCUCUGUGAACAAUCACAGAGCACUUCAAUCUCACUAGACGACUGCAAUACCAAAAUUCUCGGAUUGCGAUGGAAUACUGUCAACGAUAGCUUCACAUUUACUUCAAAAUCGCACCACAAUCUCAAUCUCACAAAACGCCUUGUACUAUCUGAAGUAGCACAGAUAUUUGAUCCGCUUGGCUUUUCGUCUCCAGUCAUUAUUCGAGCGAAGGUACUCCUGCAAGAAUUAUGGCUUCUCAAUCUCAAAUGGGAUGAUCCACUGCCAUCCCAUGUUACCACACGAUGGAUUGCGAUCAGAAAAGAUCUUACAAGUCUGGCCAGACUCUCAAUACCAAAGUGGUUCAACACCUACAACAAUUCUACAGUGGAAUUACACGGCUUCUCUGACGCAUCACAACUUGCCACGGCAGCAGUAAUUUACAUUACUGUUUUUUCACCGUCCAUAGAUCUCAAAGUGACGUCACUGGUGUGCUCCAAAACAAAGGUCGCACCUCUCAAGAAGCUUACAAUUCCCCGACUCGAACUCACAGCAGCGCUGAUGCUGGCAAAAUUAAUGAAUUACGUUCAAGCAAAUUUCAAGCUCGAAAUUGCUACAACACACCAGUGGACGGAUUCUCAAGUGACACUUACAUGGAUCAAAUCUCACGCAUCACGGUGGAAGGACUACGUCAGGAAUCGUGUAACACAAAUUCAAGAAUUAACGCAAACUGCAACUUGGAUGCAUGUUCCUGGCACAUCAAACCCUGCUGAUUGCGCUUCUAGUAGAGUUCAGCAAGUGUAA